GUGGCACUUUGGCGGCAGGAAGGAACUAGUCUGCGUGCGCUUGCUGGGCUUGUGCCUCUGACUCAGGAGAGACGCUUCAAUCGGCUUUGCCUCCGGACUUGCGGUGAAAGGCCUCUCUUCGGACGCUGACUGGCCAUCGGUGUUCAGGUGUCUGGACUCUUAACAGCCUCCAGGGCCGGACCCCACAGCCUUCCUUCCAGCUCCUAGACCCCAGCAGAGCCUGAGCCAUGGCUUCCAUGGGGCUGCAGGUGAUGGGUAUCGCCCUGGCCGUUCUGGGCUGGCUGGGGGCCAUCCUGAGCUGCGCGCUGCCCAUGUGGCGCGUCACGGCCUUCAUCGGCAGCAACAUCGUCACGUCGCAGACCAUCUGGGAGGGCCUGUGGAUGAACUGCGUGGUGCAGAGCACGGGCCAGAUGCAGUGCAAGGUGUACGACUCGCUGCUGGCGCUGCCGCAGGACCUGCAGGCGGCCCGCGCCCUCAUCGUCAUCUGUAUCAUCCUGGCCGUGCUAGGUGUGCUGCUGUCGGUGGUGGGCGGCAAGUGCACCAACUGCGUGGAUGAUGAGAGCGCCAAGGCCAAGACCAUGAUCGUGGCCGGUGUGGUGUUCCUGCUGGCCGGCCUGCUGGUGAUGGUGCCCGUGUCCUGGACCGCCCACAAUGUCAUCCGCGACUUCUACAACCCCCUGGUGGCCUCGGGCCAGAAGCGGGAGAUGGGUGCCUCGCUCUACAUCGGCUGGGCUGCCUCUGGCCUGCUGAUGCUCGGUGGUGCCCUGCUUUGCUGCAACUGCCCACCCCGUACCGACAAGCCCUACUCAGCCAAGUACUCUGCCGCCCGCUCCGCCCCCGCCAGCAACUACGUGUAAGGUGCUACCGUUGAUUCUUUUCCUUUCAGCUUGGUUUCUCCCUGGACUGCAAUCUGUGACCCCAGAAUGGCCCUGCCACGGGCCGCAGGCUGCCAGGGGCUGGGCAAGCAGGGACUGAGCCGGGCCGCUGGCCAGAGGCCCCUCAGCGCCUUCUGACCCUCUCGGACACCUUCCCAAGGCCACUUCCAAUGCUAGCAAGGAUGGAUGGAAAGAGACUCCUGCGCUGCCCUCCUCUGAAUGGCUGUGGAUACUGGGGGCUGGCUCCUGCUGGCCAGGACAGCUCAGCCCUGACUUUGCGUGGGCUCUGCCUCUGAGUGGACCCUGUCUCCUCCUUUGACCUUCCCCACUGCCUCCGCCAGCAUCCUCUGGGUGGGUCAGCCAGCACUUGGGCUGUGCCUUGCCCACAGAAACCUGUGGCCAUGAGAUCGGCUGCCUUGCUCACCCACCUGCCCGUGGAACACAGUCACCGGAGCGGUGUGGACAGACAGGUUUAGAGGGGAGGGGCAGAGGUGCUACAAACUGGUUUGGGUAGUGGUGGGGGAGGGGGCCACAGAGGCUGUCCAGGUGGCCCGCACCCCUUCCUGCCCCCACCCUGCCACCUCAGGGCUCUGCCUCUGCAACCUCAGCGGACGGAUCCCGGGCCCCUCGGAGACUGGCCACCUCUGGAAUCUUCCCCCCCUGCCAAGGUCAUUGACUAGCCUGGGGAGGGCAGGGAGGACAGUCUUCCUCUGGCCCUCAGCCAGGAAGCCCUGGGGCUUUUCCGGCCUCCUGUGUGGUUUCUGUUUUGUAAGUUAAACUAUUUGUCACGGUAAUUGCUAUUAUUUUCUACAAUAAAUGGGACCUGUGCACAGGAA